CCAAACCAAGGUCGCAACGUCGCAUAUAGAUAGAAAUAGAACGAACAAAAAGUGAGGUUUGGUUUUGUUUGUUGAUGUUAUGAAGCUUUCAUAUCAGUGCAGAAUCAACAAGUAUUAUAAAAGUACAAGCAUAGACCACAGAUUACAAGUAACCAAAAUAUAAUACCAUCUCAGUAGGUAAUUCUUUGCUUGCCUCUUACAAUGGCCAAGUUAUUAGAGAAGCCAAUUCUAUAUGGUUUCUGGGCCAGUACGUGCACAUGGAGGGUACGUAUUGCACUGAAUUUGAAAGAAAUUCCUCACGAAAUAAAGCCUGUCGAUCUAUCGAAGGGAGCACAACACUCGGAGGAAUAUCGAAAAUUCAACCCCAUGGAACAGGUUCCUGCUCUGGUGAUAGAUGGCGCCACUCUAGUCGAAUCCAUGAGCAUCCUCCAAUAUCUGGAAGAAACCAGACCGCAGAAACCGCUGUUACCAAAAGACGCAUUGAAAAGAGCAAAGGUACGGGAAAUAUGCGAAAUCGUUGUAGCAGGCAUACAGCCCUUGCAAAACCUGGUGGUCCAGGACCGUUUAAACGAGGACCAAAAGAAAGACUGGGUGAAAUUCUGGAUCGAAAGAGGUUUCACGGCAGUGGAAAAACUCCUCUCUUCCAGCGCUGGAAAAUUCUGCGUAGGGGACGAGAUAACUUUGGCGGAUUGCGUUCUGGUGCCGCAAGUUUCCAAAGGUAGGGACUUCAAGGUGGACAUGGAGAAGUUCCCUAGGAUAGAGAGGAUCAGCAAGGAGUUGGUGGGGCAUCCUGCUUUCGUUGCUGCUCAUCCUAAAAAUCAGCCUGAUUUUCCAACAAGAACGGAAAACAAGGAAUGAGUUGAGUGAAACGAAUUUUUGGAUGUAAAAGCAUGCAGAAAUAUUUCAAUGGGUAUAUAUGCUUAUUGAUGAAAUAAAAUGUCAGAAUUUA